AGCGGCAGCAGACGCGUCUGGCUCUGCCUCUCUGUGCCGAGCGCUGGCGAUCGGAGUCACCCGGCCUUGUUCUGAGGCUGGGCACCAAGCUCCUGUCGCUGGCUACACUGAGAGUGCUCCCAAAUUCAAACCCAGAUCCUUCUGCCAGGCAGAAGCACGGGUUCAAAGAUGGAGUUUACUGGCAAAGGAAAAACCUCUGAAGGAAAAGGCCAGACUGAAGAAGGAAUAUUUUCUCCUCUUAUCAUUGGAGCCUUUGCCUUUUCCCUUCCGACUUGCCAGCUUCAUACUGUUCAUAGGAAUUAAAUGCAGGCCUGUCUGGCUACCCGCUUGCCAAGAGGUUUUCCCUGGCAAGUCCCUCUAUGCUCCUUCCCUCCAAGCCAUUGCCUCCCAUCCAGAAGAGCUCUCCUUCUACCAAGCCAAGCCUGAUAUGCAGCGGAGAGCAAGAAAAUGGGAAAGAUGGCAUUGGCUAUGCUGAGGACAGGAGAAAAGAAGAGGAGCUGAGUUCAGAGGGACAAAGACAUAAAGCUUCCUUGCUGUAUUCCAAUGGAGGGGAUAUGAAGAAGGGGUCAUUGGGACCACCUCGGAUUCCCCCCAUAGGCAAGGCAGUAAGUCUCUCUCUUGGCAGUGCUGUGGGCUCUCAGCAAAGCUCACCGCAGCUGGAAUUCCAGGAGUCCCAGGAAAUGAGGUCAGGAUGCAGCAGCAGAAGCAAGGAGGAGAACUCUGAACAUGCAGGCAUGACUAGGUUCAUUUUCUCCAAGUCUUUCCGGCCAUGUCCCUCUUCGCUCCUUCCCUCAAAGCCAUUGCCUCCCAUCAGGAUCAGCUCUCCUUCUUCUAACAAUAAUAAAAUGUACAGCAUGGAGAAAGAGAACAAGCAAAGUGGCACUGGCUAUGAUAAUGACAGUAGAAAACACCAGGAGCAGAGUUCAGAAGGAAAAAGUUAUAAGGCUUCCUUGCUGUAUUCCAGUGGAGGGGAUAUGAAGAAGGGGUCAUUGGGACCACCUCUGAUCCCCCCCAUAGGCAAGGCAGUAAGUCCCUCUCUUGGCAGUGCUGUGGGCUCUCUGCAAAUCUCUCCGCAGCUGGAAUCCCAGGAGUCCCAGGAGAUGAGGCCAAGAUCCAACAGCAGAAGAAAGGAGGAGAGCUCUGAACAUGCAGGCCAAGGAGAUGGAUCAUCACACCAAUCCUGGUCUUACGAGUGACACAGACCUGAGGGAAGGUUUUGGAAAGAUCCGUGCUGCAUUGUGCAUGUUGGCUCAAAAGAACUUAGAGCGGAAGGAUGCAGAGAUUUUGGAGAGAGAGAUGAAGAAAAGGAGGCAAAGGAAAACAUCCUUGCAGCCCAUUCUGGAGACAGUUGAGCCCGGGGAUGAAGCUGAAGCAAGCUUUAGCCUCCCACCUGUUGAUGGCACAGCUUCUAGAGUGCAGAGAAAACACCCUGGUAGUGCCUUGAAGAAGAAGGUCUUGAAGAAGCAGGACAAUGUGUCCCUACUGCCCAAUAGGCCCAUCAUCCAUGGGGAUGGCAGCUUCCCAUGCAGCU